UCAACGCACACUAAUCAGUACUGAUAGUUGCAAAAUUUAGCCUGGAUCCACUUAAGUAAUCUAGAUUGACGUGAAAGGGAGGCAUAGGAAGGAACAGAGACAAACCAGGAAAGCGAGAGAGAAAGACAAAAGGACAAGAAAGACUGGAAUCAGCUUUCCAGGUGAAUUGUCUCUCUUUCUCCUUCAGCAAUUAUUGCUGGUUGUCAGGUUACUUGACUGGCUAUGAGGCCACGUUCACACCAGGUGUACUAUGUGACGUAAUAGUGAGUUAUGCAAAGUAAAAACCAGCUGGAUUCAUCUGCCUUUUCUCAUUCAUUAUUAAGUGGACUGAGAAUAGAUUGCUUGUAUCGUCAGGAUCAAGAUACUGAAUGAUGCUGAAGUUUACCAUUGUUGUGGAUACAGCAAAGAAGACUGAAGACGACAGGGUCAACCUUUCAAUCCCUUUCCAGUGACAGUCCUUUUCAGUAUUUAUUUAUAUCCUAAGGCUUGCGUAAGUCCUGGUCCCAAAGUCUCCAUUAAAACUUGGUGCGUAAAUUGGCACCGUGGCAUCCAUCUUAAUGUCAGCUGUACUCCUGACAAGUCAAAGAUAUGUGAUAUAUCUCAUCUCUGCUCUAUAAUUGUGAUACUUACUGUGAGAUAGAAGAAUCAGCCUUUCGAGGUGAAAAUAAAACCAUUUAUCGCUUUAAAUGGUGUUUUGGGGACAGCCACACACCUUUAAUGUUGAUUGUGAAAGUGGACAUGUCUCGACAUUUUGCUAUCUUUUUUAACUACUGCUGUGCCUCCAUUAACCAAACAAGGGAGCUAUAUAGAUUUGGGUGACUGGACUGUUUGGACAUCUGCAUCAAGCUUUCCAUGUUGGUGGGGCUGUUGUCGGUCAUCCUCACUCUGCAUGUUGUCAUGCUUAAAACGCCGAAGCCAAAAAAUGUCUCCUGGGGUUCGGCGGACUCCUACACUAGCCGUCCAUCUGAAUCCGAUGUAUCUCUGGAGGAAGACCGGGAAGCUGUACGGAGGGAAGCAGAGCGACAAGCCCAUGCCCAGCUGGAGAAGGCAAAGACCAAACCUGUUGCAUUUGCAGUACGGACAAAUGUUGGCUAUAGUGCAGCACUGGAUAAUGAUGUCCCUGUCCCAGGCAUGGCUAUCUCAUUUGAACCAAAGGAUUUCCUACAUGUCAAAGAAAAAUUUAGCAAUGAUUGGUGGAUAGGACGACUGGUUAAGGAAGGCUGUGAAAUAGGUUUCAUUCCGAGUCCAGUCAAAUUAGAAAACAUGAGGUUCCAGAAUGAUCAAAAGGUGAAGCAAGGAAAAUAUCACUCCAGUAAAUCAGGUGGAAAUUCAUCUUCCAGUUUAGGUGAUGUUGUACCUAGUUCUAGGCGAUCUACUCCUCCCUCUUCUGCUUUUGAUUUAGAUGCCACUGGCUUAGAUGCAGAAGACAAUGACUCCCCAGCAAAUCACCGCUCCCCUAUAGCCAGUGUAAACAGUCUAACGUCUCCCCAGUCUAAAGAGAAAAGAAUGCCCUUUUUUAAGAAGACUGAACACAUCCCUCCUUACGAUGUAGUGCCUUCUAUGCGUCCGGUAGUUUUAGUGGGGCCUUCUCUGAAAGGAUAUGAGGUGACAGACAUGAUGCAAAAAGCAUUGUUUGACUUUCUGAAACACAGAUUUGAAGGAAGGAUAUCAAUCACACGGGUCACAGCUGAUAUCUCCCUUGCCAAACGCUCAGUGUUAAAUAAUCCCAGUAAACAUGCAAUAAUUGAACGCUCUAACACCAGAUCCAGUUUGGCUGAAGUCCAGUGUGAAAUAGAACGAAUCUUUGAACUAGCAAGAACACUGCAGUUAGUAGUCCUUGACGCAGAUACAAUCAACCAUCCGGCACAGUUGGGCAAAACCUCUUUGGCUCCUGUGAUUGUCUAUGUGAAAAUUUCAUCUCCAAAGGUUUUGCAGAGAUUAAUAAAAUCCAGAGGAAAAUCCCAGGCUAAACACCUGAAUGUGCAGAUGGUUGCUGCAGACAAACUGGCUCAGUGCCCACCUGAGUUGUUUGAUGUAAUUCUUGAUGAAAAUCAGCUGGAAGAUGCCUGUGAGCACCUCUCUGACUACUUAGAAGCUUACUGGAGAGCUACCCACCCUCCUAGCAGCAAUCCUUCCAAUCCUCUCCUGAGCCGUACAAUGGCAUCUGCAGCUCUUCCUACAAGUCCAGCACCAGUCUCCAAUCUACAGGUUGAACAAAAGCAGGGAGAGCAGAAGCAGCUACCUUCAGGACCAGAAAGAACUGCUUCACAGGAGGAAGAGAAACCACCAGAGCCAGUGAAAAAGCCCCAACAUCGAACUUCUUCAUCUGCAAAGCAUCACAAUCACCGCAGCACUGCGAGUCGAGGCCUAGAGAGACAAGAGACAUUUGACUCAGAUACCAAAGGCAGCAGGGAUUCUGUGUAUAUAGAGCCAAAGGAUGAUUAUACGGAUAGCGCUGGUGAUCAUUAUAGUUCACACCACAAUCAUACAGAAGAACCCCAAGGGGAUGGCACCCACAGGCAUAAAGAAUCACGGCAUCGUUCUAAGGAACGAGACAGAGAACAGGAUCAUAAUGAACGGAACAAACAGCAUAGUCGGCAUAAAUCAAAAGAUCGAUAUGGUGAUAAAGAUGGGGACGUUGCAUCUAAAAAAAGGAAUGAUGCCAAUGAAUGGAACCAGGAUGUGUACAUCCACCAAUAGCUCUGCCUCCAGCUGCUGUGUCCCUCUAGUGUGUGUGUGUGUGUGUGUGUGCGCGCGCGCGCGUGUGCGUGCGUGUCCGUGCAUGCGUGCACAUGUGGGGGUGCAUGCAUGUGUGUGUGUGUGUGUGAGUGUGUGCGUGUAUGUGUAAAAGAGAAAGUAUAUAUUUACCUGAUCAGUCUAUAAAGUUGAUUGUACACUUGAGAUUUCGUACAAGUUGUUGCUGAGGCAGCAUGGAAUUAAAUUCAAUGUGAUUCAUUUUAAAACAUGGUACAAUUACAGAACUACUAGUGUGGUGCUGUGCUCUUAGUGUUUUUGGUUUGGUUUUGAUUGCUGCCAACUGAACUAUAACUGUCACUAGCAAACCACUGUUAAUGUACUUAAGCAAUGUCUAUGUGGGGGAACAAUGAAUUUUCCUGGGUAUUCAGGAAAGUUUGGAUCAGCUUAUACUGUAGUUUACCUUUUUUUCCCUCAGAAGUUUAAUUUCUACAUUCUCAACACAAGUUUAAAAUCACCCUGGCUUAUAUCUGUGGUUGGGGUGGGAUUGAGGAAUUUAGUCUUGCCUUACACUUCAGAAUUAAUUAAGACAAAGUAUUUUCUAAGUACAGGUACUAUGUACUGUAUACAGACUAUUGUUCUAUUUGUACUCGACACUUCGAAAUCAUUUUUAAAAUAAUAUAGUUAUAGCCACUAUACCUGCUUCAAAAUCUGAAAGAUGAUGAAUUUCCCUUUAUCAUGCUAACUAUGAUUGGCUUUUUUUGGAAAAUUGGUAGUUGGGAGUUUUCAUUUCACCCCCUCCCUAGCUUUUGAAAUUCAGAACUUAGAUGCAUAUGUCAUCGAUCAUUGGGGUGGGAAAGUAAAUAAAUAAUAUAUAAUAGAGAGACAUAUAUUGUUUAGAAAUUUUUGUAAGAUGCUAGUCUUAACUGACAAAGCGGUUUACUUGGUAAGUCUAAGUUAUAUACCAAAUACUGAAUAUUAUGUACGUUACAUUUUUCUGUUUAGGAAUUGCCUGAGGGUUCUAUGUUAUUGUUCCUUUGUUAUAAACUGUUCAACUUCUCCAAAUGGUUUUGUCUUAUUGCUUAAUAAGCAUAAGAUGAGCUGUUCUGGUUACUGUAUAUACACAUUUGUGGAAUUUAUUUUCAAAAUCCAGUUUGUAAGCAUUUGUAUAUACAUAUAUAUAUAUAUAUAUAUAUAUAUAAAAAAUUCAUAAUUGCCUUUGUAGAUAUUGACAGUAGAUGAUCUUGUUGCACUGUUUAAUUGAGUUAUUUAUUUAACCGUAUAAAUGGUGGCUGUACAUGUUAACUGAACAUGUGGAAAUGCCAUUUCAUCAACAGGAUCAAUGUUCUUAUUGCUUCUGUUAUGUAAUGAAGAAACCCUUAUACAUGUACAUGUACACAGACUUGUAUACGAUACACACACGUACACAUAUCCAUGCCUACAUACUACCAGUCAGUUUGCCUGAAAUAGGAUACUGAUUUUUCUUAAGUAAAAACCGAAAGACUGCAGAUGUUGUAAAUCAGAAACAAAAACAGAAGUUGCUGGAAAAACUCAGCAGGUCUGGCAGCAUCCCUGGAGAGAUGUCAGAGCUAAUGUGGGGAAUUGGACAAGUUCUGAGGAAGGGUCGCUUGACCCAAAACGUUAACGCUGAUUUCUCUCCACAGAUGUUGCCAGAACUGCUCAGCUUUUCCAGCAAUUACUGAUUUUUCUUGCUGUUUCAAACAUCACACAUGGUUAUUAUAAAUGUUCUGACACAUAAGCUGUUUAUUCUCUAAUUCAUCUACCAAAUUAUUCAUUUUCUUCAAAGUAAUAAAGUGGAUUUCAGAUCUAUUGCUGAAUUUUUUUUACAGCACUUGUCCCUACCCUUCCAAUUUCCUACUUUUUGUUGUGGGAGGCCUGAUUUGGAUGCAGUUCCUACUGAAUGUGCUUUGUGCUUAUGUGUAAAAUUAAAUAUUUGUAGGACAAGCAGCUAAACUUGAACUCUAGUGUUUAGCGGAUUUGGAUUUUGCAAUUCUAACACCUUCUGUGGCAAAGAUAUAGUAAAGAUUAAAUUAUAUUAAUGGGCACUUUAUGGGAGACUGUUUUGUAAUCGGAGCCUUUCGUCUCAGUGAGUGAAUAAUUCGCUAUUAUGACCAGCACACCUUAGAACACUCCAGCUCUUCAAAACUGCAAUUUAGGUGGGUAUAUAUACGAUCUCACAGGGGCAUCAUAGAACAUAUGCCAGCAUGAGUCAGUGCCUUCAGGAGAGGAAAGCUGAAACUGAGAAUAGUUUGAAUCAGAAUUACUUCAGUCUUAUUAAUUACAGGUAUACUAUUUUUGAGAUGCUCAGUGGACAAAAUAAAAAGGCAAUGACAUCUAAGCACUUGAGACCAUAGAGCACUGAGUUAUAGAGAUAUUAUUUUAAGGACUCCAAGCUGAACUCACUUUGAAAACCAUUUAGAGUUCAUAUUUCUUUUGAAAUAAAGAAAAUGCAUCGGUGUUCCCAAGCAGUCACUCACUCAGCAACACAACUCUGGUAACUGGAAAUAUCUGGAGCAGACAAUGCUGAAAAUACUUGGUCAGUCUGGCAGCACCAGUAAAUAGAAAGCUGAGUUAACAUUUCAGGUCACUGCUGUAGGGUUCAAAGGAAAAAGCACCAACUUGACAUGUUAUCACCAUUUCUCUCUCCAGGUUGCUGCCAGAUGGGAUGAGUAUUUCUAGCAGCAUUUUUGUCUCUAUUUCAAAAAAAACUGAAUGUGGAGAUUUGUGCUGUUGAAUUUUUCUGUCCCUUGUCAUGAAAUAAACAUUCUGACCCCUAUUGUCCAAUCUGUCCUCUCAGCAAUGAGGUACAGUCACCAAACAACAGGUAUCCCAUAACCACUGAAACAGUAUGAGCUCUUCAACUGUUACAAUGAUGAACUUGUUCUGAGGUAAUAAAAUAAAGUUACAUCAUUCUACAAUAGAGGGAACAAAGUGAAUCUAGGUUACAAAAUGGAGUAAAAGAAACAUCGUUGGUUUAAACUAUAUAAUAUGAUGAAUAAUAUGUAAAGAGAGGCACGGUAAUUUGUCAGUUCUAUCCCGCAUAUAGGUGACAUUUUAAAGAGCAUCAAAUAGAAUUACAGGGUAACAUUGUCAGCCAGUCAAAUUGUAAUGGUGAACUCCUCAAAUGGUGCUUGAACCUUUUCACAACAAUGUUAUGUUGGCCUUUGAAGAACUGAAUCGUAAGUUUGACAAACUUGUUAAAUGUAUACAUUAUAAGAAAUACAAAUUAAAGAUGAACAAUUUAUGGUCCUACAA